GAUUCUCCAUGUUGGACCCAAACUGAGGAGCCCGGAGCUGCUGCCGGGGGAUCGGGGCCGGGGGCAACCGGGGAGCCGCUGCCCGGGCCGCCCGCCCUCCGUACAGGCCGCCUCCCUUCCCGGCCCAGGGAGGGAACGAGAGCAGGGAUGUGAACAGCUGUGGGAGUCCGAGUCUCGGGAGCCGGAGCCGGAGCGGGCCCCCGCCCAGGCCCCCCAGCCCAGCCCAGCCUGCGCGCCCGCCGGUCCUCCCGCCCAGCCAGCCCGGGCCCGCGGGAUUGUUAGAUGGAACACGGCUCCAUCAUCACCCAGGCGCGGAGGGAAGACGCCCUGGUGCUCACCAAGCAAGGCCUGGUCUCCAAGUCAUCUCCUAAGAAACCUCGUGGACGGAACAUCUUCAAGGCCUUUUUCUGCUGUUUUCGCGCCCAGCAUGUUGGCCAGUCCAGCUCCUCCACUGAGCUCUCCGCAUACAAGGAGGAAGCCAACACCAUUGCUAAGUCGGAUCUGCUCCACUGUCUCCAGUACCAGUUUUAUCAGAUCCCGGGGACCUGCCUGCUCCCAGAGGUGACAGAGGAAGAUCAAGGAAGGAUCUGCGUGGUCAUCGACUUGGAUGAAACCCUUGUGCAUAGCUCCUUUAAGCCAAUCAACAACGCCGAUUUCAUAGUGCCUGUUGAGAUUGAGGGGACCACUCACCAGGUGAGCUGCCUGCCAGGCCACAGCCAGCCUAGAGGCCUCAGGGCCUCCACCCCUCUGGUGUGCUCCGUCACUGGUCCCUCUCCUGCAACUUCAUUCUCCUUUCUGUAUUGGAACCUCUCACACUCCAGGCUUUCUGAUCUUAAAAAAAAAAAUCCGCUUCUCAUCCAUCCCCAUCCAGCUGUCAUCUUUUUUUUGCUUUGAAGCCAAGCUGUUUAAAAUUA